AUGAAAGGUGUACUUAAAGUUACCGUAGGCAAGUCUCUUUCAGCCAAAGGUUUGAGAAAUGCGGAUGAAGUCGGAAAGAGUGAUCCCUAUGUUAUACUUUCGAUUGACGGAGCUGAUCAUCAAAGAACGACAACUAAAGUUGGCACUUUAGAUCCAGUCUGGAAUGAGACUUUUACAUUCCAAAUUGAUAGACAGAGUAGGCUUUACUUCAAGAUAUGGGACUCUGACCCAGAAAAGGCAGACAAGGGGAAAACUAAUGAUGAUUGGUUGGCUGAAGGUAGAAUCGAUCUUACUGACGUGUUCACAAAACAUCAUGUUGAGGAAACGCAUGAAUUAAAACAUAAUUUGGGUUUCACUAAAGAUGGUGUAAUCACCUUAAGAUUAGAUUUCAACCCGGUUAAAUAA